UUGUCUGUCAAAAGACAAAGACUGGACAGCAACGUGAGAGGUACCUUCGAUCAACUUUUAGCAUCAAAGGCUAGUUUUGAAGUGGCCUGGUUGACUGUCCGAAACAAGAAACCAUAUACUAUUGGCGAGGAUUUGGUUAAACCAGCAGCUUUGAAAAUGGCGGAGAUUACGUGGUCAGGAAGAAGCCAUGAAGCCACUAAAUUCAGUGCCCUUUGUGAUGAGACUACAGAUGUCAGUAGUAAUUCGCACCUGAUAGUGUAUGUUCGCUACAAAAGUCUACAUGUAGCUGAAGAGGAACUGUUGUUUUGUUCUCCUCUCGAGUUGCUAUCUCGUGAAAUUGAUGUCUUUAAUAAAGCUAAUGAAUACUUUAAUGACAACUGCAUUGCUGUGUAUGUUGAUGGAGGUCCAGCUAUGUUGGAUUAUAUUAGUGGUUUUUCGGCUUUGGCGAGAGAGAAUAAUCCAAAAUUGAAGUUAGCCACUAUAUGAUG